UAUCAAUGGCAACCUAUCCAUUAAUUUUGGCAAGUUUAUUUCUCGCUUGUAAUUUAUGCUCAAUUUUAAUAUUGAUGGAUGCUCUAAGAUGAAAUCGUAAAAUUGUUCUUCGAUUUGUACAUAACUUUCGAAAUUAAAUUUCAACCUUAAUUCCUCGAGUUGGUCAAACGAAAAUGGUAAUCCUGAGAAAUGCGAAUGAUAGAAAAUUUCUAAUCUUUUUACAGUAUCAAAAUGAAACUUUGCAGAAUUUAUAGAAGCCAUUCUGUCCAUGUUGGAAGGCAUCCAAUUCAACCUUAGAUCCUGAAGAUAUGGAUAAAUCUCGUUUAUUUCUGGAUAAAUUGCGUUGAAAGGGAUGGCCAAACUUUGCAGCUGAUUUUUAGGCCAUCGUAUGUUUCGAAAUGUUGCGCCUCCUUCCCAGGUUGGGUAUCCCAGUUCCCUGUGUCUAUUUUCAGACAUCAUUUCCAAAUGCUCUAGACUGUAAAAAUCCGUUGAAUCGAUGUUGAAAUCAAUGUUUACAAACUCACCACCUCUACGGCAACGAUACGUCAAACGUCGCAUGUUUGGAAAUAUUUUCAUCAAUGAAACAUCUUCUAAAUCGGAAGAUUGAACAGUAACACUAUGAACGUUUGGAAAUGGUUUCGCAAAGUGAUUCCAAUUGAAUCCCCCUGAAAUUCCACGAAUUUGGAUUUCAGUCAACGAUUCGACACAGUACUGCCUUAUGUAGAAAACUAAACGAUCAAAAGAAACGUCCAACGAAUCAAUGUUGUCAAUAUAAUCUUCUCGCACGCAGUUAAUUUCCAAUUUAGAUAUCAAAUAUCCAAAGCAGCGCAACAAUUGAAAUGUCCUUUUUGAAUGUGCAGUUAAAAUAAAACAAUCAACACGCCAUUUCAUUGGACAUGAACUGAAACCAUUAAUAUAAACAUUCAUUCUUCCAUAUUCGAAAAGAAAUGCAUAGUCAACGGCCUUUUUCAAUUGCUUGCUCGAAUCAGCCAGGUUCAUUAGAUCUUCGAGUGGCAAGUAUCGAAAUAUCCGUUCGAGACAAUCAAUACCGAGCUGUGUGAGUUUCAUCUCUUCGAUUGGUUUUAUGAUUUGCAAAAACUUAUACCAGUUUGUAGGAAGCGAUGUGAACUUUCUUCUCGUUUCUUGAUUCAAUCGAUGUGUUGCGUUCCAAAUGCUGAAUGGUGCACUACAGGCAAUAGAAAAAAAAGUACAAAAUUCUUUUUAAAAAAAUUCCAAUUAUUUUGAAGUUUCAAUCCUACCUCAGAUCGACUCACCUAUUUUUUUGAUCUAAUUUAUAGAGGAAAAUUAAGUUGAACCUAAGUUGUCACAUCAAAAACACUGGUAUCGAGUUGAAUUUGAAAAAGAUGGAAUAAAAAAUGAACUCUCGCGAUGUUCUUUUUUUCAAUUUUGAACUACUAACGAAUAUUUAUUCUACAACAAGCCUGAAUGACAACUUACGGCAAAAUGGCUGUUGUUUUAGGCAAGAUCAUUAGUAAGGACCAAAAAACAUCUGUGCCUUCUGCAUACUGCAUAUUCUUGCAUGUGUUCCUUUCUACUUUUCAUUUGUGCAUGUAUUUGUGUAUGCAUAAUCUAUAGACGCUGCUUGCACUUUUGAAUCUAAGUACAAAUGAGCGAUAACACCAACAACGUGUACUCAAGCAAAACUUCAACCAAACGCUUGAUACGAAGCAAUAACAUAACAAGAGUUCUUUUUAAUUCAAAUUCCAAAAACAGAUUUUUUUCAUUUUAACUCUCCGCUAUUGUUCCACCUUUUUUUUCUAUUUCCAACGAACACACCAAUUCCAAAAAAUUGUACAAAAAUUGGCGCCGAACCGUUCUCGUCAUCGAUAUUGUUGUUUAUUACGUAUUUCGUUUCUCACAACGAACUGUCAAAUUGAAUUGCAACAUUCUGGGCAAUUGUUUACUGAGAUUGGCAGUUGUAAAAUUCACAUCAACUGUACAACACCGACCUAAAUCAUUCCAACAAGUGACGCUAACGUGUUCGUACCUGUCUUUUGUGUGUGGCGUCUUAUCACGAUUUACAAACAUAGUUCUUCAAAUAAUAAAUCAAAGUGAUCUAUCAAUAUAAGUGACUCAUUAAUAAUGAGCUCAAAGAAGAAUAACACAUUGAAUUCGAGUUCUCAAAUGGAACCUGGACGGCACAGCACUGGUGUAAAAUUGGCAAAAUUCGUGAUUUACGGCAACAAUGACAUUCUUGCGAUUGAAAGUUUGAUAUUAGUCGGACUGGCGAUGUUCGUUUACUUUCGAUUCGACUGGAUUUCUCAAAUUGAAUUGAUGCCGACAUUCUUAAUCAUGGCUACAGUUUUCGGAAUAAUCCUCUUUGUAGUAACAACAUUGAAAGUGAACUACAUUUUGAAGAAAAAACCACAAUUAAUUCUCUUGUUUUCCAUAUUAUCGGCUGUUCUUAUGUCGCUGGAUUUCGGAUUGGGAAUUUAUCUAAUGAACAACACACAAAUGGUCAGAGAAUAUAUCGUAAACGAAGUGGAUAAAUUCUAUAAUUAUAAUGAGGAAUUCAGGCAAAUGUGGAAAGAACAUGUCGAAGAUGAGUUGCAAUGUUGUGGCGUUAAAAAACGGAAUUUCUUGGAUAUGUUAUUGUCGUGUCCAACGAAAAUGCGUGCGUGCGCUGAUGUAAUAGAACCGCUGCUGUACGUUUAUCUCAAUACCGAGCUAUUGCGCAUUUUGUUUUGGGGUUGCGCCAUUUUUCAACUUUGUGACUUUAUGCUAUCGAUCUAUGUAUUUGUAUGUUAUUCGUACAUAUUCAAAUACCAUCAAGUUCCGGUUGUAUAGAAGCAAAUCGGGUUAGAUGUGUUGUGGCUGCAAAUAAACCUGACUUUUUCCAAAGAAUUCAACAAAAGAAGUUCCAGUGCUAGCACAAAUAAGAUAAGAUAAUUUACAAACAAAAGACAAACUGAAAGGCAGAAAAACCAUUACAAAAAUCAUUCUUCAUUCAAUCAUAUUUAUUUAAGUUUUUUUUAUAUUAUAUUUAUGAUAUGCAUUUGAAUAGAAUAAGUUUCGUACAAGUAAAAUCAACAUUAAAAAAACUCAUUUGUUUCAAAUAACAAUUCCAAGUGUU